UUAUAUUUUGUUUCGGUUAACAGAGUGUGGUAAUAAAGUGAACUGCUAGUGAGUCCUCAUGGGAAUGACAUGAGUCUGUAUGCCAAAAAGAACAGCAAUGGAUAACCUCAUGGGAGACGCUUAAUAACCUCGUAGAAGACGCUUAAUGGAAGCCUGUACAAACAGCUGAACAUGCAGAGGCGCAACAGCGCAGGCAGCUUGACGGCGAGCUGCAGUGAGCGCUGGGUCUGCCCCAGCGACCGCAGCCUCGCCCUCAGGGCCAAGCUGCGCAUGGGCUGGUGCACAGGGCAGGCGUCGUCACCGGCGCGGCCUGAAGGGCUAAGCGCAGCAGAGACCGCCGCCAUACUUGAGGUCAUCCAGCGCGCUGAACAGCUCGACAUGGCAGAGCAUCAGAGGAUCGGACGUCUGGUGGGACGUGUGACGGCCAUCAGAGAGAAGGCACAGGGUGACGGUAAAGCGUCGUGUAUUUUGUGUGGUGAACGCCUGCCCCUUCUGCCACCUGCCUCCAUAUGUCAUCACUGCCGCCAGGGCGUGUGCAACAAAUGUGCACAUGAACAGCUGAGCGGCACGGAAAAGGUUCUUCUCUGUAAGAUCUGCAGCGAGACGCGCGAAAUGUGGAAGAGGACGGGCGCGUGGUUCUACAGAGGGCUGCCUCAGAAGCUGCUGCCCUCGGGUGGUGAGGGCAACGGUCGCUUGGCUAACGCUGGCUCCCAGAGUCUGGGCGGCUCCAGCAUCAGCAUUGCUCUGCUCGGCCGACAUUCUAAAGCUCCUCCCAGACGGGCACAUUCGCUACUCAGCACCGACCUGACCAGUUUGCUAAGGAUCGGGGACAAAGAAUCAGAUUCUGAGAGUGGGUCUCGCCAGCUGCAGCAUUUCCCUGGGUCGCCGUCCCUGUCAUCGAGUUUGUCUCCGGCCGCUUCGACGUCUUCCGUCGCCAGCCUCGCCGCGUCUCAUUGCUCCCCGCGACUUCCCCGCAAUUCUCCUCACCACCAUCAACAAAAUCACGAAGUUAACCAGCUUUCGCAACAAACGCACCUGCAGCAGAAAAAGACAGCUGGUUUCAGUGAUAUUUUUGGAGGCAACGUCGUUCCUGAAGAGAAAUUAGAAAAUGGAGAGAAUGGUACUGCCGACUCGGCCCUGUUUGAAAAGCUCGUUUCGGAUUUGAACGCAAAGAAAAACACCGCUGGCUGCGCACACGGCUGCAAUGGUGCGGUUGCCUUCGAUUAUGACUCCGACUCUAGUGACGCCCCAGAAGAAGAUCAUGCGCGACACGGGCGAGAAAACGGCUGCGUCACAUCCGCACUGCGUAACGAUGUGACGGCCGCUGCUCCGUCAGAUUGGAAUGAAGCUCAAGACCUGCAAUUUUGUGCUUCCGAAACUCCCAGGAAUAUUUUGUCCGCUAAAAGCUCCAAAGAAUCAAAAGACUCGUUCGACUCGCCGGUCUUCACGACGAGUGUGGAGGAUGAGACGAGCAGCGUGAGUCUCGACUGGUGUCCCGAGACUCGUGAGACGCUACAGAGACACGGCAGCAUCACCAGCAGCGUGUGCAGCAGCAGCAGCAACAGCACGCUUCCCCUCGGCCACAACAAAGGGAACUCCAAUAAUGUUGGGGUUCCUGCUACAGCUGGCGACAGAUCAAAACCUUCAAAAGACAACUUGGGCUCGCUGGAAUUUACGUUGUUUUACGACAGUCAUCAUCAAAGCCUGCACUGCACAAUUCACCACGCUCAGAACCUCAAAUCGAGAAGCUCAACUGGCAGCGCCGACCCGUACGUUAAGCUUCACCUUCUACCGGGCGCCAGCAAAUCGAACAAACUUCGGACGCGCACAGUUCCCAAGAAUCUAAACCCUGAAUUUCAAGAGACGCUCACCUACCACGGCAUCUCUACUGAUGACAUCAGCAACAAGACCCUCAGGCUUCUCGUCAUGGACGAGGGUCGCCUGCAUCGCUACUUUUUGGGCGAGGCGCGCGUGGCUCUGAAGCGCGUCAAGGCGCACGAGUCGCGCCGUCUGAGUGUGCAGCUCAGCGACAAAAUAAAUGGCAGCGACGACCAGACCAGUACAGGCCAGGAGCUGGGGCGGCUGCUGCUGUCGCUGCGCUACACAAGCGCUCGUGGGGCUCUCAUCGUAGGGAUCGUCCGCUGCGCACACCUUAGGGCCAGGGACAAGAACGGAUAUUCCGACCCUUAUGUUAAAGUGCAGCUGAAACCCGAUCCUCAUAAGCGUAAACUGAAGACUGCCGUCAAGUGGAAGAACUUGAAUCCUGAAUUCAACUCCGAGUUUACGUUCGAGGUGCGCAGGAACGAGUUGCCGAAAAGGCAGCUCGAUGUGCGAGUGUACGACAAGGAUGUAGGAAGAAGCGAUGACUUCAUCGGUGGACUCGUUUUGGGUCAUGAUAGUCGAGGACCAGAACUGCGACAUUGGUACGACGUACUUCAGUACCCCGACCGUCGCCAUGACAGGUGGCAUAACCUGCGACCCAUGCAUUCAUGUUGAGCUCAGCAUGCAAGCAUUUCCGUCGUUGACGGAAGUGCUACCUUAGCGUCAGUGAUAAGAAGGCAGCUAAUUGAAGUAAUUUCCUUGGUUUUUCACUUGACAAAACUGGGAAGGUAGGCCGAAAUUUCCUAUAGAAUGACAGACUUUGUGAAGACCUGCAGACUAUUUCAUUACAUAAAUUAUUUUGCAAUUUUUCAGAUAAAGUUACGGUAAAAACGAAGGGUGCUUUAGGAAUAAUAAAAACAAAUUGACAAUCAAUUUUUUUUAUUAAUAAAAAAACGCGUAGAACAUAUUUGCCACUAGAGUUUGAUAUAUUUAUUUUUGCGAAUGAUUAAUAGAAUAACUUGCAAAACUAUACCUACACGUUAUAUUGAACCAGCGAUAUAUUUUGUGAGUAAAGAACGGGAGCAGAUAUGCUACGCUACGUUGAUAUAAACUGAAUAAUGUUAUCAGUUAGUUCAAUUUCGUUGAAGGAUUAUUAUGGACAAGAAUACAGGCAUGUAUUUUUUCAAGCCGCGCAAACUUAUAAUCCAUUAAAUAUGAAAUGAGCCUGCAAGAAUAAGCAUGAAAUGUGUAUAAACAAGAGACUUUUUUUUUUCUCCGCAGUUGUAAAUUGUUGAACAAUCUUUAUUUUAGAUUCUUUCCACAUGUUGCAUGUCAUGAACUGAUUUUAUCGUUCAUAAUAUUCGGAUGCGUAUGAAGUCUGCUGUGUCGUUGAUUAUUUCUAUGUCUUGUACAUUAUAAAAAACUACAAAUCUUACGAGUAGUCAAGCAAAGUAGCUAUAUUUUCCUUAGAAUUUAUAGACAAUGCUUGACAUUCUCUUUUAGAGACUCAAAAUACCUGAAAGAAGCGAAUGUCAAAUAUAAACAAUGAAAUGUUGUAAUUGAGAUUUGACGGAUUGAUGUUAUAUAAUGAAAUUUAAUGUAGAUAAUCUUAGUUCGAUUGUUCCUGCACAUUUCUGCCACUCGAGAAUCAUGCCAAGGUGUAAUUUUUCUACUCUUUCUCUUCGAUUAAGCUCCUACGAUAGUCUUCAAUUUGUUAGCCCUAAAUUUGCAAUCUUAUUUUUCCAAUUCAAAAUAAUAACCCUUCAAAGAAUAACCCUUCAAGUAUCAACUUCAGGCAAGUGUAAUAAAGAACCCACAUGUGCCGAAGAGAUAUUCUUACCUUUUCAUAACCUAUAUUUUUGAAAUCACUAGUAACAACAAUACUACUCGGUAACUUUCUAGCAUUACUCGUUAGACAUUUCUGUAUUAGUGCAUUUACAUUACUGUAUAUCGUGUGCCUCCGCCAAUUUUAAAUAUAAUACUUCUUCUCUGCAAA